AUGUCCAUCUCCUACGGCAACGGCACCUCCGCCGACAACGGCAGCGCCGCCGCCGCGCCGUUGCCAUCACGACCCCGCGAUGCGCCCCUUACCGUCGGCGUCCUGGCGCUCCAGGGCGCCUUCCGCGAGCACGCCAACCACAUCAACCGCCUCAACAGCCAGGCUAGCACCAGCACCUCGCGUACCGUCCGCUCCACGCUGGUCCGCACGCCCGAGCAGCUGGCCGACUGCGACGCCCUCAUCAUCCCCGGCGGCGAGUCGACGGCUAUCUCGCUCGCCGCAGAAAGGUCCAACCUGCUCGAGCCGCUGCGAAAGUGGGUCCGCGACGACCGCCCCGUCUGGGGCACCUGUGCCGGCAUGAUCAUGCUCGCCCGUGAGGCCAGCGGCGGCAAAAAGGGCGGACAGCAGCUCCUCGGCGGCGUCGACGUCCGCGUCGGCAGGAACGGCUUCGGCUCCCAGGUCGACUCGUUCGAGACGCCGCUCAGCAUCGCCGGCAUGGGCGACGAACCCUUCAACGGUGUCUUUAUCCGCGCACCCGUCGUCGACGCCCUUCUGCUGCCUUCGGACCUGGAAAAGGUGGGCGUCGACGAGGCGACGCUCGUCAAGCGCGUCGACCUCGACCAGCUGCCCGAGGGCGUGCCGGCGCCCAUCACCAAUGCCCAGGCUGUGCCCCUGACGCCCAACCAGGAGGCUCCCGAUGGCAUCGCGGAACCGCCGCUGCCCAAGCCGGUGGCCGGUCAGCCGCUGGAUCGCCAGGCGCUGCGCAUCGUCGUCGCACCCCCGCUCUACGACGAGCGGGAUCCCGCAGCGGCGGCGAGGAUCCGGCCGCCGAUCGAGAUCCUGGCGACGCUGCCGCAGCCCGUGACGAAGCCGAGCAGUCCUGCCAACCGGCCGGUGUCGGCGUCGGUGAGCGCCAAGGACGCGCGGCUAGACGUGCCCGGGCGGCCGGAGCACGACAGCCAGAUUGUGGCGCUCAAGCAGGGCAACAUCCUCAUGACGAGCUUCCACCCGGAGCUGACGCCCGACUCGCGGCUGCACGAGUUCUUUGUGUCCAAGAUUGUCCUGGGCGCCCUCGGCGAAGGCGCAAAGUAG